UCCUCUUCCUCGUCCUGUUCCUCUUCCUCCUCGUCCUCCUCCAAGGCCUUCAUCACAAACCCCACCGAGGGAACCCACCCCCGAGAUGCCGACGUUCCUCAAACAGUUUGCAGAAGCAGCCUGGUUUAAAGAGCUGUAUCCGGAUAACAGGGGCGUCCCCAGUGAUCUGUCUCCAGAGCAGUUCUCCCUGCAGCUCCUGGAUCAUGUGACCUCGUGCAGCUCCGCCUCCAGGCUGAAGGUCCUCUCCGCUCUGCAGGCGCUUCGCAGCCAGAAGCUGCUGCUGAACUCAGAUCAGAUUUACCAGGGACUGCUCCACCUGCUGCACACCUCCAUUAAACCUCCCCUGUCAGCUGUGCAGCGAUCAGCUGUGGUUGAGACGUUGAAUCUGCUGCUGCGUCUCAGAUCUGCCAGUUAUGAGUUUGUGAGGGAGCUUCUCACGCUGCUGGCUUUCAAAUUACUGGGUCUCAGGGAAGCGGUGCUGAGCAUUCUGACUUCACUAUCUGUGAAUGAGCCUGAGAUGUGGCUAGCACCUGAGAUGGAGGGAUGGAAAUCGGACCCGUCUAACACCUGGAGCGGUUUCCAUGACAGAGCAGAGUCCUGGCUGCAGGAGUGGAUCUCCAAAUACAAAGAACAUGCCAGGACUUCAGGCAGGUCUAACCCAUCGACCGCCAGCCUGGUGGACGUUCUGAAUUACUUCUGCUCGCUGCAGAGAGAGGAGUUCAGGAAGGCUCGAUGUGUGGCGCCAGCUGGACACAAAAACACCGUUCUGAUGCCUCUGAACGACUGUGGCUCUCAUCCGAUCCAGCGUCUAGGAGAGACUCACAGCAUGGCCAGGACCUGGAAGACACCAGGUUUUAUUCUUCCUCCCCUGAGACACCGUCCCUUCCUCAGUCUCUUCCCCAGAUUCAUCUCCUUCCCGUUGCCUCGGGUCACUUUGCUCCCCUUCCUCCUGGCUUCAGAGGAAACCUGGCUGCAGGCGACAUAUCGACGAUACUUCAUCCUGCAGCAGUCGUACGUAGAGUACUACAGAUGAUACCCCCUAUUUUAAACAAUUAAACAGAGAUGGCUAAAGUACACACAUCCUUUACUCAAGAAGUACAGAUACUCG